CAUUCCUUUUAGUAACAUAAAUUGAUGCAACCUGGCAUUAGUUUGAAUGUCUUGUAGAAAUUUACUUAAUAAGAUCCGUAAUUAUCAACUGUGUAUUGUACGUGGUGUAAUGAUGAAUUCUUUGAAAUUUUGGUACCUGAAUUGAAUUGUUGAGGUCCCUACUAUUGUGACCUCCCAACUUUGAUCAAUUGACAAAUUAUACGUGCACCUUGCCCAUGGAGUCUGCACUGGGUGCAAGCAGAGGAGCAAUGACUAGCUGUCCCAUGUUUGGAAAUAAGGAAAUGGGAAGCAUCAGUAAUCCCAGAUGCAAAAUGGGUUGCAUGAAUUUUGCUUUUAAUGACCCAAGUCAUAAGCAGUAUCAUGCAGGAGCAGUGAAAGUUUACUGUGGGAAGACAAAUAAAUUAGAAAAGCAAAAUCUAAAGAAUCUCUCAGAUCUUCAUGAUGGUUUAACAGAUAAAAGAAGGAUGAAACUGCUGAAAUCAGUUUCCAAGAAUCUACUGCUCAUGUCUGUUACCUUUUCCCAGGAUGCAGAUAAAUCCCUCCUACAGGAAGUCAGAGGCCAAAAUUUCUCUGAUGCUCUGCAUGUUCUAAUGACUCAAUUGGAACAAGAGAAGGCAGAGUACAAGGAGAGGAAAAAAGCAAUGAAAGCGAAGAAAAAGACCAUCAAAGCUCAAAAGAAGGUGCAGAACAAGUGUGAAGAUGAAUCCUCAUCAUGUGAUUCAACCUCCUGUGAAUAUGAGGUGGUCGACGUGGCACAACUUUGCAUGACUCAGCCUGCCAUGGCGUCGAUGACUAGGAUUCAUGAGCCACCCCAGAUAACAGGAGACGCCAUUACUGUCAUUUCAAUGGAGGAAAACGGUUCAAAGAUAGAAGGGUUGCAUGGGGAAUUUGCAGAGGGUGAAAAAGGGGUGAGGAUGAGGGGAGUGGAGGUUUGCAUGGGAGGGAAGUGCAAGAAAUUGGGGUCCGAGCAAUUGCUGGCUGCUUUUGAGGAGAGAAUAAAUGUGUCUGGAAUGGGAUGUGGGGUAAAGGCUGUGGGCUGCAAAUGUAUGGGGAAGUGCAGAAAUGCACCCAAUGUGAGAUUGCAGGGUGAUUUCUGUCAAGAAUUGCAUAUGGGUGUUGGGAUUGCAGAUGUUGGUUUUGUUCUGGAUCACCAUUUUGGGGUGAAACAGGAGGAGGAUGAGUUUUUAAGCAAGGAUGUUGUUUGUGUUUGAUUGUGUGUUUGUACAAACAUGCCUGAGCAGUAUUGAUUUUGGUGAAAAUGGGAGAACUUUUUUUAACUUGUAAAUAUUUCAUUGUAAAUUAAGCGUGUUAGAUUGUUUUGAGAUGCAAGGAAGGUUAGAGCAACCAUGACUGGUUUUAACAGGGACUUGUAACCGAAGUGGUGUUUCAUAACUUUGUUUUUGUUGUUGUUAUAAUUAUGGUUUUCUAUUGUGGUAA